GUUGGCGUCUUUAAUGCAGAAAAUCCCUCUGUCAUUUUUUGAAAAAAAAUUGAAUUCUUCCCCUCCCCCACUCAACGGAGUCUGUAACUGCUGAGAUGGGGAGGAGGAGGUGUCCUCAUGGUACACCGCACCCGGAAUAAGAGCAGUGUUUGUGCAGUCGCUCACUGUGUCAUAUUGUCAUCGGGCAAAUACAAUCGUCCGGUGGAUUCGAAGCUGGAAGAGAGAGUGCGAGACUGCCGUUCGGUCCAAUGGACCGACUGAAGGGUUACACUGGGAAUGUAAGAGUGGAGAAUGGAGUGUGGGAGAGCUCUGAGAUAUUGUGCCGAGGGGCAACCAACGACUAAUUGUCGCGAUUGGGAUGGACGGAAAACGAGUGAUAUGCUAGAUCAGUCCCAAGGAAUGCGCUGCUAUCUGGGCACAAGGCUGAGUUUCGCUCUGUGAUUUGAAGGGAAGAGGGACGUGACUCUGGCCCAAGCUGUUCUGCGGCCCCGCUCAAAGUUCUGGGCUGUCAAUUGAGACAAACUUCAAUCAUGCACAAUGGCAUAGUUCUAAAGUGAGAAACUCUUCAGCAGCGACGGGGAAAAUGCCUGUUAUGAAAGGCUUGUUAGCGCCUCAGAAUACCUUUUUGGACACCAUAGCAACGCGGUUUGAUGGAACACACAGCAAUUUUAUCCUUGCGAAUGCUCAGGUGUACCGUGGCUUUCCCAUUGUGUACUGCUCAGAUGGAUUCUGCGAACUUACUGGCUAUGCUCGCACUGAAGUCAUGCAGAAGAAUUGUGGGUGCCGAUUUCUGCAUGGAGCAGAGACUAGUGACCAGGUUUCUGUGCAGAUUGAAAAAGCACUUGACAGCAAGCAAGAGUUUCAGGGGGAAGUGCAAUUCUACAAGAAAUCGGGCACUGCAUUUUGGUGUCUGCUUGACAUUGUACCCAUUAAAAAUGAGAAGGGAGAGGUUGUACUAUUCUUGGUUUCCUUCAAGGAUAUCACUGAUACCCGAGGCAUAAACCAGCCAGGAGAUGGGAAAGAAGAUGGAAAGCGCAAGAACAAAAAGAGUAGUGGGUCCCAUUUUAGUGUCGCACGCAAACAAGGCCGAACUGUCCUGUACCAUCUGACCAGCCAUCUUCAAAAACGUGACAAAAAUAAAGUCACGCUGAACAAUAACAUGUUUGAGAAUAAGUCUUCGCUCCCGGAAUAUAAAGUGGCCUCCAUCCAGAAAUCCCGCUUCAUCGUCAUGCACUACAGCAUGUUCAAAGCUGGGUGGGACUGGCUCAUUUUACUGGCUACGUUUUAUGUUGCUGUGACCGUCCCAUACAACGUUUGCUUCACAGAAAGUGACGACAGCUCCACCGCUUCGCGCAGCACCACCGUCAGCGACAUUGCUGUGGAAAUGCUUUUCAUUUUUGAUAUAAUCCUGAACUUUCGUACCACUUAUGUCAGUCAGUCAGGUCAAGUGGUAUACGAUGCGCGAUCCAUCUGCAUCCAUUAUGGAACCACAUGGUUUUUUGUGGAUCUAAUAGCUGCAUUGCCGUUUGAUCUUCUUUAUGCCUUUAACAUCACUGUGACCUCCCUGGUUCAUUUGUUGAAGACCGUGCGUCUGUUGCGGUUGCUACGUUUAUUACAAAAGCUGGAUCGAUACUCCCAGUACAGUGCUAUGGUCCUCACACUUCUAAUGUCAAUGUUUGCACUGCUUGCUCACUGGAUGGCCUGCAUUUGGUAUGUGAUUGGCAGGAAGGAGAUGGAAAUGAAUGAUCCACACACAUGGGACAUUGGCUGGUUAAAUGAGCUUGGAAAACGGUUAGAGAUGCCAUACACAAACAACUCAAUUGGUGGCCCGUCUGUCAGAAGUGCCUACAUUGCUGCCCUCUACUUCACCCUGAGCAGUUUAACCAGCGUCGGCUUUGGAAAUGUUUCAGCAAAUACAGAUGCAGAGAAGAUAUUUUCAAUCUGCACAAUGCUCAUAGGAGCUCUAAUGCAUGCUGUUGUUUUUGGGAAUGUUACUGCCAUCAUCCAGCGCAUGUACUCAAGGCGCUCACUGUAUCACACACGAAUGAAGGACCUGAAAGACUUUAUUCGAGUUCACCACCUUCCUCGACAGCUCAAACAGAGAAUGCUGGAGUAUUUCCAGACAACAUGGUCAGUGAAUAAUGGGAUUGAUGCCAAUGAGCUUUUACGAGAUUUCCCAGAUGAGCUACGUGCCGACAUUGCCAUGCACCUGAACAAGGAAAUUCUGCAGUUACCCCUCUUUAUAUCGGCCAGUCGUGGGUGCCUGAGAUCACUGUCUCUCCACAUCAAAACAUCUUUCUGUGCCCCAGGAGAGUACCUCAUCAGACAGGGCGAUGCCUUGCAGGCAAACUACUUCGUAUGUUCAGGCUCAAUGGAAGUUCUCAAAGACAACAUGGUACUGGCCAUUCUUGGUAAAGGGGACCUGAUUGGUGCAGACCUUUCAACCAAGGGCAAGGUGAUUAAAACAAAUGCUGACGUUAAAGCAUUAACUUAUUGUGACCUGCAGUACAUUAGUUUGCGAGGCCUGAGUGAGGUAUUGGAACUCUAUCCUGAAUAUUCAAGCAAAUUCCUAGCUGACAUCCACCAUGACCUGACCUUCAACCUUGAAGAAGGGCGUGAAGCAUUGGGAUUCUCAAAAUUCGCUAAAUCCCCCAGACUAUCCCAGAACCGUUUAGAGAAUAGUGACAAUUCUAGUAAGAAGCUUCCCUCCAUUUUGGAAACUGAGGAUGAACCAAGUGAAUAUUCGCACCUCUCACCAGCAACGAGAACCCGGAGGAAACUCACCUUGCCCGGUUUGAACAGCCCAAUCCGGAGAGGGUCACUCGGGAGCUUGCUCGGGGAUGACCUUAAGCAUUACUCAACAAUAAGACUUGGCAGUCGUUCACCAGGAAAGUGCAGGAGGGGUGGAAGCCCCCAGUAUAAGAAGGAAGAUGUCACAUCUAAUAGUGGAAAUGGUAAUGCACGAAAACCAGCAAAACUACUUCUACCAUCUCUAAACUGCUGUGGACCUCCUGACUUAAGCCCUCGAAUUGUUGAUGGGAUUGAAGACGAUGGCAAGACAUAUGAAACGCCAACAUUUCAUUUUAACAUAGAUCAAAAUUUUCAGAAGUCGACCAAAUUUUCUCCAAAGAAAGUUGCAUCUCAGGUGAAUCCAGCUGCAGCAGCUGAGGCACAAGAAAUAAAACGGAACAUCAGCAGACUUAACCAGGAGAUGAAUGAUCUGAAUCAGGAAGUAUCCCAGCUUGCCAAAGAGCUUCAUCAUAUGAUGCACCUUCUUCAAAGGCAAUUGGCUGCUCCGCAGUACACCCCUACAAUGAACUGCUCCCCCUAUGUUGUCUCCAUGGUUUCAUCCUCAACUCCUUCUGCAAACAGCACUGGGGUUGAAUGGCAACCAAGAUGCUCAUAUACUUUACAGCCAUCUGCUGUGCACGUACAGCCUGGGACAAUCACUGGGACUCAGCACAGCCAAAACACGAGAACUCCCAGCUCUUGGAACUUCAAUAAUCUUUCAACCACAGCAUGCUAUUCAGGGAGCUCUAUGAGGACAACAGUAUCAUGCCAAAGGACAGCGGAUGUAGAGCUUCACCAUCCAACAGCCAACUGUUUCCAUACAGCCUCAAGUCCUGUGGCAUCAUUUCAUUAUCAAAUACCUCCAGGUGACCAGGGGAAGAGCCCAGUGCAUCAUUCAGAUUUGAAUCGAGUUCCUACUCAAGCUGUAGCAGGCUCUCCAAAUGUUGCUCGGUCAGUCUCACGGAACAAUGGCUGCUCCAUUGCUUCUUCUCCUUCUGGACGGCCUACAUUAGCAUCCCAGAAUCUCAACCUUUCAACGUCGCCAAGCCCUUGUCACUCCCUGUGUCCAUCUAUAAGUGCCAGCACCUCUCCCCUGAUUACUGUGGGUGCAAAUCUAUCUACUUUGCGAACUUCAAGCUCCAUGCAACCUGUUCACAACUCUUCAAAAUCUGUGCAUUCUGUUCAAAUCUCUCCAAUCGCUAGCCCAUUGAUUUCAAUCAUUCCUGCGCCUUAUCAGCCUGAAACCACAUCUCUAAACAUUUGUCAAUCCUUCUCAAUCAUUCCCAAUUCCAGCCACUCCAUUUUUGGCUCACCAACCUCUAAAUAGUGUUUCCCAUCCUCUGCUGUUUCUGGCUUGAGCUCGAAGGAGGAUUUGAUGGAGCUGAACCCCACAGGCACAAGUGAUGAAUGUAUAUCCUGAGAUCGAGAGCUGAGUAUAAUAUGAUGCAAAUAAGUCUCAUGGUUCGGACUAAAUUUCCUUAUUCGUGUUCAUUUCUAACUAUUAAACAAGUGACACGUUUAGGGAAGUGAAUGCUAAAAUGAUUACCUGGGCAUAUGGAUUGUUUGGUUUCAGGGUUGAUUUUCUGCAGGGCACACACCAGUUUUUAAUUUGUUUUGUGUUCACCCGGGUCAGGUUUGAAAGCAGUGGAAUCUUAAGACAUGGGACUGAGCGAAUCAAGUUUAACUCAUCCACCUGCUGACAAGCCACCAUGAAAAGAAAGUACACCAGGGGGAUGUAAUUAGCAUUCAGUUAAAGUCCUUUUCAGCAUUAUCAUUGAGAAACAAACAGCGGCUUACUUCAAAGAACAGGUCAAUUGACAGAAGCUUAACAAAUAGUUUGAUUCGCUUCUUACAGCUAGACAGCUAAAGCAAAAAAGAAUGCUUGAAGAUGAACUGGUGCCAUGCUGUGUAAUGUUGUACCAAGUUGCAGUGGCAUGGAGAGGUGGGCAAGAGUCAUAGCCCAAUCAGGCAACAAGCAGAUAUGCCACAGUGUGGGGAGUCCCAUCCCCGUAGGGAGGGAGGUAAUACAAGAAGACAAUUCAGGCCACACUGCUCUUGCCAAUUACGUACAUAGCAAUGUUGGUAGAACUUUGAAAUCAGGUCACCUGCUUGACUUGGUUCACAAACGGUGCCAGAAGACUGUUAAGAGAUGGAGGACAUGGAAGACAAAAUGUAAAAGCAGGAACUGCAUAAGUUGAAAGCCACACAGGAAACUGGUGAAAGCUAAAUCAGGAAAAAUGCAAAUCUCAGGGGGACUUAGAUUAUCUGUUUAUUUUGAACCUACUUGAUAACUAUAACCCUGAUAAUGUAUAUCUCCCACAGAUGGAGCCAUUCCACAAUGAUACUCAGUUCUGUUUCAUUCAUCUGGUUUGCGUAUCAGCAGGUAUUCAAGUGGAGCUUGCUAUUUUAGACACUAUAGACAGAGCAGCUCAACUUUGCCCACUGCUGCUGGGGCAGUCAGACACAUGAAUAGGAAGGGAAUAGAGGGGUACUGAUCAUGCGCAGGCAGAUGGAAUUAGCUUAGACUGACAUCAUAGUUGGCACAAACAGGAUGGGCUGAAGAGCCUGUUCCUGUUCUGUAGUGUUCUAUGUUGUGUAAUCUGGGAAUAAAUUAUAAAUGGGCUGAUUGGAUCAAAGGAGCCAGGGUGGGAAGACCAAGAAAUGCCAGUGUUUUUUUGAUGAUAAAUCUAUGGUAAUCCUGAGAAUCUGUUCAACAAAUUGCCCAUGGAAACGACAUUGUGGAGAUUCUGCACCUCGAAAAGAAAAGAUGCAUGUGAUAUUUUCUGUUUACCCAGUUGAUAUGAAAAGAAUAUGAAACAUCAAGUCAGAAUUGCUUUGAAAGGUACUAAGCACUGUGGAAGAAACAAUGCAAAGGCGUCUUUCAUGAUAUAAAAGACAGUUGAAUGUAAAAUGUGACGUAUUUUUAAUAUGUUUUGAGUUAUGUUCAUCUGAUAUAAAUAUGAGGGGCAGAGGAUCAUUCCCUCCAGACCGCAGGGAAGAAAAAGUACAUUGUCUCAAUGUCAUAAUUCUACUUGCAUGUUAAUAUAUUUGCGAGAUUUCUUGCUUAAACGCCUGUACAAAAUUGUAUUCUAUACAAGGCUAUCUUUAUAUAAAACUCUUUGAAAGUCCAAGUAGUAUUUUCUGCCAUAUGCAGAAGAUUAAAUACAUAACAUUUCUAUUCCAUUAAAAAUAUUUCCUUUGCUUUGGUUAUUUUAUAUCCGUAUUAAUUUACAGAAUAGCAUUCUUGUUGCUAUGAAACGAAGGAAUUCUGUUAUUGUCUUCAAAGUGCAUAAUAAAAUCAG